AUGGAGCUUGCUUCAUGGAGGGAGUCCGAGGAGGAGUGCCUUGAGGUUACAGCGCAAUCUUCGGCGCCUUUAGCUGAAACGAUCGCCACGGGGACCUCGAUGCCAGUGCGGCUGAUGGCCGUCCACCAGCUCUUGGAGAAGUUCUUGCACCAGCCGAGCUCCUGCGCAGACCUCUGCCAGAAGCUCGUGGUGCCGCUCUUGGACUUAGCUGUCGAGGCCGAGCGACUGCCCCACCUUCCGGUGAAGCUGCUUUGGUGCCUGGCUUCCGUGGAAGAGGGAUCGGGAGCCUUGGAGGAGUGCAUCCCAACGAUCCUGGGCAUUUUGAGGGGAACGGAGGACCCGCUGCUUACCGGAGCAUCCUUGCAACUGCUGGUGGAAUUAGGGCGAUUGAAGUCUGAAUCCCUCCGGAGCCAGUUUUGCAACUCCAGGGCUGGACUUGGUCAGCUCCUCUUGCGCUGCCUCUUCCGAUGGGCUUGCCAGGCUCCGAGUUUGGAGAUCACCAUCUCUUUGUUAAGGCUCUUCAAGCUCGCUGCCUGCAUCCCCUGUCAUCGCAACAUGCUCAAAGCAGAGGUUUGGGCGGCUCCCGGCGUGGCUUUGACGUUGCCAGAGGUCCUGGAAGCAGUUGCUGACGGAGCCCUCCGGAGGGCUCAGGCAGACUCGGAGGAGCUCCGUGCCUGGGAAACCGUCCACGACGAAUCGAGUCAUCUGGCCAGGGACUGGAAGAGCAUCGGGCGAUGUCUGCAGCUGCCUCCUGCUGGCGAGUCGGGAAAACCCUGA